AUGUCUGGAGAGGGCGAUAGGGCAUCACGGCCUAAUUCCCUACUGCUUGAAGCCCCAGCACCGGAGAGAGAGCCUUUACGUUUCGAUUUGAAUUUAGUUGGAGCGCCUCCUGAGGUGGAACAGCUAGUUAACAAUAUCAAACAGGUAGCAGAGGAUUUUCUGUAUCAUUGGAAAACAUUUCCCAUUGUGCUACCCCAAUCCCGCUUUACCGGUCCUGGUAAUCAUCCAUCUGAUAUCAUAGUAGCUCCACCGUGUGAUGAGAUAGAUGCAGCUGCCUUAGAUGCAGGGAUCGAACCACACCCUCUUUCACCGAAACAGCUUCAUUCCAUCAAGGAGCGAGGGGAGUUCGAAGUGCCAUCACGUCACUUUCCUGGGCAGACUCAUGUGUGGCGUGUGGCUGGAUGGCUUCAACGCGGCAGAGUACGAGCACGGGAAGAGUUAUAUUGUCACGUGGCUAGGGCUGUGGCUUUAAUCGUAGUGGUUGCCAGGGACAGACUGAUUAGGGACGAACCUAUAUCUGUUAUAGCCGGCGGUAAGGCGUUGUUGGAUGGCCUUCAUAGACUAUUGGAUUUAGCACUAGGCAUGCCAUCGUUGGAAGCACGUGACCUUGAGAAAAAGAUACGCGAAGAACGGUCCCGCUAUUUGGUAGCUGAACUUAUAUGCAAACCCGAGAAUCAAGAAGAUGUAGCAGCUCUAGCGGCAUGGGUGUCUAGAGCGAUGCGGAGAGCCGCCUCCGAGAAGACUGACGCACGAGAUGUCCACCGUGCGGCGCCCAGGGUGCCAUAUGUAUUCACCACGCCUCAGAGGACGCAGGUGGACUUGAGAUUGUACAGACGCGAGCUCCUGCGUCGCGCCGCCUCGUCCCUUCAAGCCAUACUGGAGCGAGAAUCCCGAGGGUGGUUCUUGCAUUUCAGAGAGAAGAAGGCGGCCCACCUCGCUAGCCAAAAAGUGCCCAUCAAAGAUAUAGAAGAGGAAGUGUCGACAGCCGCAAUGCGCGAGUACGUGUCGCGGGUGUGCGCUGCUGUGACGUCAUGCGCUCAGCUUGCAGCCUUAGGGCCAGCUAUACCCGAGCUGUUGGCAGACCAGCUGCGAGCCACCGCUGCCAUCGAUAGAGCUCAAGAAGGUGUUCGCCGUAGACUAGAAGCGGGCCUAGCGACAACCGAGGCUCGAAUCCGCGCCUCCCACCCAAUACUUUCGCGCGCCGACGCGUGGCGCAAAGAGAAACUCGCCCUUGCUGCGCAGAGAUUAAGGGAUGAAUUACGCUGGACCGGAAUGGAGGACGCUGCGGCUGCUAUGCAAGCCCACAAGCUGCUGCAACAUAGAUACUUUUUGCUGCGAGAUCUUACAUUCUUGAGGGAUAGGGAACCGUUGCUUUUGAAAGAACUUCGUGCAGCCAAAACUCCCACUCGCGAGUUCUCCUGGGCCACCCGAAUCUGGCUCCCGCGUAACUGGGCAGUGAUUCGACACUUUCGUGGUCGUUCGGAGCGCAUCCCCACGGUGAUCAGCUCGAGGGCGACGAACAUCGUCACACCCCGGUCGGACCCUUCGCAACCGGUGUUCCUCGCUGAUCGGGAGAAGGUGCGCACCACCACCACCCGAUGGCCAGGGUGGAGGCUGCUCAAUUUGGCUCACAGAACCUGGUGUUGGACCUGGAACAUAAUGUUCCUGUUGGGCGUGAUGGUGCCCUGGUGUUCACCGCUGUCACUGCGCACGUUGCUCUGCGUCAAACCGUUUGUGCCCGACCUGGAAUUAUCACAGGUAAAUGGCACGCUAUUCCCAAAGCGAAGCAGCGAGACGCAAACGAUGUGGUCGCGGCUGCUGCAGCUAUGGAGGCAUGUAUCCAAGGAGAGGACGAGGUUCGAAACCGAACCCGAUACAGGUCUUCUCGGGAAGGGUCUAGCACGUCAAGCCAAUCGAGUGUGGAACUAUGGUCUGGUGGGUGGUGUUGGGUCGUUGGCGCUUCUACUACUGUUUCCGAUAGCUGCAAUCCUCAGUAGCGUCCUCUCGCUGUGCGUGGCGUUAACUGUGCCUGUAUGGAUGCCGUUUGCGGCGCUCAGCGUGCAUGCUAUAAGCGCUUUGCUCUACGAAUUCGACUGCCCUGAUCCGGGAAUGCUCAACAGGUGGUUCGUUCUGCUGGAAGUAUUUCUGUGGCGUAUAACGGUGCUAGGCCUUCUGCAACCCAUCUUAGCUGUAAUCGUUGCUAUCGUGUUGUGUCCUAUUGCUGCAUUUAUACUGCUUGUUGGUGGCGUGGGCUGGUGGAGCUGCCGUGGGGUGUGGGAACGGGCAGCGUGGCGCUGGGUAAUAGUGCGUGCGGCCCGCGUUCCAGCGCACGACUCGGCGUUUUGUACGCGCGUCGCGGGCCCCGGGCUACACACACCUGCUUCAUAUCAAAUUACUGCCGCACAAGCUUUGGCAGCGGUAUGCGCGCGCGCAGAGUGUGAGCAAUUAAACGCUUGGGGGACGCAACUCGAAGCCGCCGUUGAACGUCCCCUGCGGGACUAUAGGCAUUUCGUCGAUGCGUGCUUCGGACCUUUUUCCGUUCAAAUUGCUAAGACAGGAGCAUAUAAGCAAUUGGAGAAGGAGUGCAGUGAACUGGUUGCAUCCGGGAGGGAGAAGUUGGCUGCGAGGAGAAGAGAUCUCGCACUGGGCCUGAGUGACGCCGCGAGGACGAGAAUUAGGAUGCCAGCUCAGGAUCUUAGAAAAGCUGUGCACGCAUCCGCGCUGGAAUUGGCUCGGAUGUUCGGGUCGGCUGCGCGCAGUGAGGACUGGUGGGCCGCCCGGGGACUAGAACAUGGGGACUGGCAUGCCCUGGCUGCUAACACUCUCGUCGAGGUACAAAUAGUAGAUAGUUAG